GGUGCGGCGAGUUGAAUCGGUUGCACGCGGCGCCAGCCCAUGCACCAACGCGGCGGGGACCCGACGUCAUACAAGUUUGAGAGCCUGACAGGAAAGACCGCGAUGUCGGCAGAUUCGAGCGACAACCUCCGCUUCGUACGCGUCCAGCUGCAUCACGUGCUGGGUGUCGAGCCGAUCAUUGCAUCGACAUGUUUGGGCGGCGUGCGGCGGUCGUCCAUAUUUGCGGAACUCAGGCUAUUUGGUGACGGCGCGUCGCACACGCCAAUGUAUCAAUCGAACUCGAUCCCUGCGCAUGGAGGGCGAUGGUACAACGACAUCAUGGAUUUGCACCUGACCGAGCAAGACAUGUAUACCCGCGUACUCGGCAUUACGCUGUACGCUGUCGACCUCCUUGGUCUAUCUGUGUGCAUCGGAGAAGCAAAGGUGCCCAUGACGCCGUAUGAGCUUCUCAAGCAUCAAAUCACGAUCACCGAUGACAUCAACCUCACCGAGGAAACCUUUGACUCAACUUGCGAGGAAGUCAAGACUGGCCGGCUGCGCGUGUCCGUGGCUGUCUGGACGAAGGAUGACAUGCUCCAUAGCACGACGCUUGAAGUGUGGGAGCACCAGCGCUACGCCUGGGGCUCGUGGUCGAGCAGCCAUCUCCUUGCCACGGAUCGACCAACAUAUUCAUGCGGGUCGAUCACGAGCAACAAGUGGGUGGACAUUGAACCCGAUGUGCCUCAGGACUACAUCGAAGUACUCGGAUGGUCCGCUGACAAAACUCAAGGCGAUGAUUCGGGCUGGUUCUACGCCGCGUCAUUCAGCGGCCCGUGGCACAAUGUUGCCGGGCAUGCGUUUUCGUGUCGCCGGCGGCGGCUGACGAAACGAGCGCUCCUCGCGUCGGCGCAGUCUCAAAAGCAUGUUCAACACGAACUGCUCCGUCUUGACCACCCGCAACUCGUUCGAGAGUUCCAGGAUGUUCAGCUGCUGGCCAAGACACACAUGCUGGAGGUGCAGAAGCUAGCUCAAGCGCAUCGAGAAGAACUCGCGAUCGCUCGCGAGAACCAUACCAAUGCAAUGCUCACGGCACGAACCAUCUUUGAGGAGAAGCUGGCGACGGCCAAGGGCAUCCAAAAGGAUUUGUCGGAUCAAGUGGCGGCGCUUCAAUCGCAGGUAGCGGCGAUGGAGUCGAAGCUCGACAUGCACUCGCUUUCGGCAACUCCAGACUCGACGGACGGAUCGAUGUCGAUGUCGUCUUUGCAUGCCACUGCGCCGUGGCUCUUUCGUGUUCAACUGCACAACGCCAAGAACUUGGUCGCGGCCGACUCGGUCUUCAUGGGCGGCAAGAGCGACCCGUACGUUGUGUUUACGAUUGGAAGCAUCCAACGCAAGUCGACGAUGCAGCGCAUCACGUUGGACCCGGUCUGGUACAACGAAAUCUACGACUUUGACUUGACGCGGGGGACGUGCGCGACGGCCGUCCUCGACGUGCAAGUGUUUGAUUUUGACAAGUUCAGCGCCGACGAACUCAUCGGGUCCGUCCAAAUUCCUCUGAGCGAGUUGGAGGAGACGUACGACCCCGACACGCCGCAGACAUUUCCACUUGAGAUUCCCAAAACGUUUGGUCGUAAAGCGAGCACGGUGACACUGCAAUUCGAGUUUGGUAGCUGGUACGACGACGACGACGACGACAUGGAUCUGUGGCCCAAGACGGCGCCCGUCCAGCUCGUGAUGUGGGAAAACGAGCGGCAUGCGAGGGGCCAGUGGUCCGCGCACAAUCUCAAAUCUUUCGACCGCAAGGCGUGGACCGUUGGCGACAUGGCUUCGUCAGCCAGGGAAGAAAUCGCGCCCAAGAUCCCACUCGGCUUUGAGUCCCAUCUCGGUUGGGCUGUCGAUCGCAACCACGGCGACGCCAACGGGUGGUUCUACGCGUCGUCGUUUGACGGGCCGUGGAUGAACGGUCCACAUGCGACGUCGGUUGUUCGACGUCGAAAGUGGACGCAGCAGUGCACGCGCCGACGCAAACGAUGUGAAAUGCUCUCGAUGCCAGAGGACGACCUGCUGCUGCUGCACGCAACGGUGGCGUAGCCUCUUCCAGGGACUCGACAAACCUUCAUUUGAUACGGAGUACCUAAAUAUAUGUUUAUCCAUGUUCCCA